GUACGAGCUGCCGGCCCCGUCCUCCGGGCAGAAGAACGAUAUCACGGCGUGGCAGGAGUGUGUGAACAACUCCAUGGCGCAACUGGAGCACCAGGCCGUCCGCAUCGAGAAUCUGGAGUUAAUGUCGCAACAUGGUUGUAACGCUUGGAAGGUGUACAACGAGCAUCUGGUUCAUAUGAUAGAACAAGCCCAGAAAGAGCUUCAGAAGUUGAGGAAAAGCAUUCAAGAUCUGAACUGGCAACGAAAGAACAUGCAGCUCACAGCUGGGGCUAAGCUACGAGAAAUGGAAUCUACGUGGGUGUCUCUUGUCAGUAAAAAUUAUGAGAUUGAACGAACUAUUGUGCAGCUAGAAAAUGAAAUUUCACAAAUCAAACAGCAACAUGGGGAAGGAAACAAGGAGAAUAUCCAGCAGGACUUCCAGUGACUUAAUCCUUACUGUCUUACUGCAGCAUACGUUUAAAAAAAACAAACCAAAAAACUUUGGAGAUGCUAUGUGUUUGUAGACACCUCUAGUUGCGGUUGUGUAAGGUGAUAAAAAAGUAUUUUCAUUGUUUCUUUUCCUUGUUUUAAAUUCUGGGAGGAGGCAGGGUAGACUCAAAAUGUCCUGUUCAAAUGUAUUAUGGGCACAGUUAAAUGUACUGUGAAUUGGUUCACUUUUUAUAUACCUAAAGUAGGUGUUGCGUUUUUGCAUUUUCCCCUGUGCCUUUAAUAAACAUUGUUUUGCUA